AUGUCACGUCUGGUGGGAAGCGUGAAGGAACACGACAACGUGACACUGCAGUGUCACAUCAACAGUAACCCUGCUUCAGACAUAGAGAUCAGGAACAGCACCUCCAGCAUAGGAAGUGGGACAAGUGCCAAGAUACUGAAAGCGAGCAUAGACGAUGUUGGAUGUCUUCACACAGGACCAUACACGUGCUCUGCAAGGAAUAAGCUGGGACAAGCUGAGGAACAAAGCAUAUCAUUGCAAGUGAAAUGUGCUCCAAGAUCAUACGGAUCCACAACGGACGGCUAUGAAUUCAGAUCUGGCCUAAGUGGAAACGUGACACUGAACCUGACUGUCCUAGCUUUCCCUGAGCCAACCUUCACGUGGCGUAGAACCCGGAAUGGAAGGCCUCUCGAUAACAGUGCGGUCAUCACAGAUGGUGUUCGUGUGACAGGCAGUGUAACCAUCUUUGAUGUCAAAGAUGAGGACUUUCGGAAAUACACAGUGGAAGUGACAAACACGGAAGGAAACAUUUCGAAGACCGUUAUGCUGAUUUCGGCUUUUAUGCCAGAAACACCGAUGGAUCUGCAAGCUUCAUCCAUCAGCGUUCGGUCAUUUACCCCGACAUGGGAGAAAGGUUUCAACGGUGGCGCCAAACAAAGUUUCAAACAUACAAUACAGACAACCUGGCGGACAGUGGACUACCCACCCAACACGGCCAACCGAAGACGACACCCUCCAGCUGGUCAUUGAUGGCCUUUCGAACCCGGAACAAUCUACGAAAUUCGGAUUAAUGCA